AGACAGCCCCAGCCAAAUCGCCCUGUCAGCUGCCCCCGUUCCCUCCCUUAACAUGACGGACACCCUAGAACCAAGACUCGUCCUCGAAGAUGACACCUUCGACAUCUACAUCCGCAUGAAGCAGUCCGCAGAAGACGACUUCUGUUUCCAGGUCUCGGACAAAACCACCUUUAGAGACCUCUUCGGCAUCUUCUCUUCGAUCCCGGUGGUGUUCUCCCCGUCCAUCUUCUACGACAGACUCCCCGUCGGCUUCUCCGUAUCCCACUACCCGGGGCUCCUCACGAGAACGGGCGGUGUGCUCUACGAGUACGAGGCUGACAAAAGCAAGUACCUCACCAGGAUCACCAACCUCGACGAGCCUGUCAAGAGCAGGUGUCUCCCGGGACAAUUGGUCGUCCCCGUGUUCAAAAAGCGGACUCUUCUCCACUACUCCGUCCUUGCCGUCUUCCUCGCAUGGCUCUACACUGACCUCCCGGACUUCAUCUCCCCAACCCCAGGCAUCUGUCUAACCAACUACGUCACCGACGCUAUUGUAUUUCUUUUGAAAAACUUGCUAGACAAGCCGGCCCAGGCUGAGAAAUUCUACAACGAUAUUCACGAGCCUGUCACCGUCGUUGGCCAAUGCAUCUACUUCGCCUUCCACAUCUUCAAAGUCGCCAUGUUCUACUUCAUCCUCUGGGCUGGUUUGUUCAACCCUUACUCCUGGUCAAAGCCUACUCUCGCUCUUGAAAGAGAAGACCUCAUCAGACUCGGGUGGACCGGCGUCAAAAGAGCCACUAAGCAGGGCUACCAAGACGCACUAAGGAAACUCAUGAUUGCCGAGUUCGGCGGCAUUAUGAACAUCUACAAGAGUGGCAAGCUAUCCUAUAUCAAAGAAUGUUUCUUAACAUUGGAACAAGGUGAGGGUUAUGACAGCUUGGCUCAUCCUCUUGCUACAAAGCCAGAAGAUGCUUCCCCUCGCUUUGUGCUCUCCCGUGAAAUGCUUCUCAGAGAACGUGCAUUUCUCAACACCAAGUUGUCAACGAUGUCCUACGAAAAAGCCUUUGCUUUCUUGAAAACCUACAGACAGUCUGGACCAUUGCAUCCUGGUCCAGAACUUCAGGCUCUAGUCGACCUGAAGUUCAAAGAAGUGAACGACAAAAUUGCUGAAAAAGAAGCUCAGACAAACACUGUUCUUCGGAAUACAGCUACUCCAAAGAAGACUGAAUGAUUAAGUACGUUUUUCAAUGGUGAAUGUACAUUUCUUUUUCUUUUUGUUCUCAAAUAACUUGUAUCGGUAUUCUUUACUUUUGGAUUUUUAAACUUUUUUCUUUAUAAUUUAUACAUGCAUGCAUAAUAAUUUAUCAUUUCUAGCAAACCUAUUCGGAUCCAGAUUGAUGUGGGAUAUCUUUAAACUCAUCAAAAAAUGGCAGUUUCAAAAGAUCCUUUGCAUCCAAACGCUCGUAAGGGUUCAACACCAUGCUUUUCUUCAGCACGGUAAUUGCUUGUGCGUAUUCUCUGCCAAUCUCGUUAUCUUGAAUCACCCCUUUCUUGUCAAUGGCGGCAAGUAACUCCCAUGCCGGAGAGUCUUCCCCAAAGGUGUCACCUUCUUUACAAUCCAUCAUCACUGCAUUCGCUAUUAAGGCUUCCAAACUUAUCUUAUCCUUGAUUUUGGGGAUAUUGCAGUCAAACUC